AUGGCUCGAAAUGCAGCCAGCCAGCUACUGGAUGAGCUAAUGGGCCGACAGCGAGAUCUGGACCCAAAUCAGAAGAACCAGGCGGCCAUUCGCUGGAAUGAUAGCCAGGUUUGCAAACACUAUCUGGUAAAAUUUUGCCCUAGCUCCCUAUUUACAAACACCAAGGCUGACAUUGGUCCCUGUAAUUUAGUUCACGAUGAGUUUAUAAAGAGAGACUACCAGGCAAAGGGGUCAAAACGAGAGAAGCGCCUUUUUGAAGACGAGUUUAUCCGCUUCUGUCAGAAUCAGCUAAAUGACGUUGAACGGAAGAUAAAUCGCGCAAAGCAGCGUUUGGAGAUGAGCCAGACUGAGAAGAACAGUCACGGCGAAAGUCUCAUAGUGUUGAGCGAACAUAAUCAAGAAAGACUGAACGUUAUCAAUGAAAAGAUUGAAAAGAUGAUUGAAGAAAUCGAGCAGCUUGGUUGUGAAGGCAAAGUCGAGGAAGCUCAAGCGGUCAUGAAAUCGCUGGAUAAGCUCAAAGAGGAGAAGAUCGCAGUGAAGAGGGAAAAUCAGCCUGGUCACUGGAUUCAGCAGAAGGCUGAGAUUGGCGUUGCUCAGGAGAAGCAAAUGGAGGUGUGCGACGUCUGCGGCGCUUUUCUCAUUGUCAACGAUGUCCAGCAACGAGUCGAGGACCACCUGAUGGGAAAGCAGCACGUUGGAUAUGGUCGUCUGAAGGCGGCACUUGACGAGCUUCUGGAGAAGCGGUCCCAAGAGGCCUCAGUACCACUUGAGGAGGCUGCGCGCAAUCAGUCGAGAUCCUCCACCACCGGUGAUGGCCAGCCAACCACCCAUCCAAUGGUCAUCAUGAGCGGAUACUUCAACAACAACGAUGUGGACAUGCGAAACGUCACCAAUGUACUUCAGCAGAUGUCCAACGCCGAGCUGGAGGCCAUUCUCAAUGAUACCAACAAUGUCCGCGCGGACAGUCUGAUCAUGGAGCUGCCUCAGGUCAAGGCGCUCGAGGCAGAGCGAGAGAAGCUCAUUCAGAACAACAAGCGCCUGGCGGAGAGCAACCUUUCAUUCGAGUCAACGUACAGCUACUCGAGGCAAAAUCUGACCGAGUCACUUCAGGAGUGUCAGACGCUGAAGGAUGAGCUUGAUAGGAAAAAGUCACUGCUUCGCCAGUUUGGCCGACAGAACUCCCUUGAUACGACGUUGGCCUUGAUGCAGGCGGCAACUGCCGAGGCCGAGGAAGCCAGCGAAGAGGUGGCCAACAGAUUCCUGCGCAAGGACAUGCCCAUCGAGGACUUCCUAAAGGAGUUUAUGGAAAAGCGCAAGCUCUACCAUUCACGACGUAUCAAGACUGAGAAGAUGCCUGCUGAAAUAAGCAAGGUAAACUCGACCAUAAUUCAGCCCGUUCGACAGGCGCCACCACCACCUAUUUUGCCCUUCUCGUCACAGUUCUCCGGUAUGAACGUUAGUCAGAACGCCAAUCCGCCUUAUCCGACGGGAAAUCCAUUUGCGAACUUCAUCACACAGCCGCCAAACAACAACCCCUACAACUUUUAG